AUGGACUCAAGAACCACCAUUAAACCCACUUCUGCAUCUCGAAGCAAAUUCUCUAAAACCUUUCACAAGGUCUUGCCUUUCAAGAAAUCAACUAAAUCCUUCUCCAACAAUGGCUUUUGCUUGCUUCUCCCUCAUGAAAACAAGUUUAAGAACUAUGACUCUGGAAGUGAUUCUCACAGGCUUUUCAACAAACACUCUGUGGACGAUGCGCACCUCCGAAACAGAGCUGCCAUGGAAGCUUUUGUUGCUAAGCUCUUUGCCACUAUUUCGUCCCUGAAAGCUGCGUAUGCCGAGUUACAAGCCGCUCAGUUUCCUUAUAGUGGUGAAGCUGUACAAUGCGCCGAUCAAGCUGUGGUUGACGAACUCAAAGCCAUAUCGGAGUUGAAACGGAGUUUCUUGAAGAAACAGAUCGAUUCUUCGCCACCUCAUGUCACCCUCUUGCUCUCGGAAAUCCAAGAGCAACAAAGCCUUAUGAAGAUGUACGAAAUCACCAUGAAUAAAAUGGAAAGAGAGAUUAAAUCCAAAGAUUUUCAACUUUCUUCGCUUCGGAAACAAUUGGUGGAAGCUGAUUCCACCAACAUAUCCAUCGAAACAAAGCUGAAUUCAAGUGGGUGUUUCCCAAUCUUGGAUAACGUCAAUUUGUCUGAUCUAACCCCGACAAAUUUCAUCGCUGUCCUACACUACGCUCUUAGAUCGAUAAGAAACUUUGUGAAACUAUUGGUUCGUGAUAUGGGAAAUGCUCAUUGGGAUAUAGAUGCCGCCGUGAAAGCAAUCGAACCGAAUGUCGUUUUCUCCAAAUUGAGUUACAGAUGUUUCGCUAUCGAAUCAUACGUUGCUCGUGAGAUGUUCGUGGGUUUUAACGACGACGAUGAUGAAGAAGAAGUAGAAGAUCGAUUUCAAUCGUUUAAUCACUUCAAGAAGAUGAAAUCAUUGACGACGACGCAAUUACUGAAAGAAAACCCAAGAUCGGCGUUCGGGAAGUUCACACGCGCCAAGUACAUGCGACUGGUGCAUCCCAAAAUGGAGGCUUCGUUAUACGGAAACCUCAGUCAACGGAAAACGUUAAACACCUGGCAGUUUCCCGACACGGCGUUCUUCGGCGCGUUUACGGAGAUGGCGAGGCGCGUGUGGGUCUUACGGUGUUUAGCGUCGGCGUUUGAUAAGGAAGUGAGUGUUUUUGAGGUGAGGAAAGGUUGUCGGUUUUCGGAGGUGUAUAUGGAGGCUGUGACCGAUGAGGCGUUUAGCGGUGGUCAAAGUGGCGAUGAGCUGCGGGUGGCGUUUACGGUGGUUCCAGGUUUUAAGAUCGGAGAAACGGUGGUGCAAAGUCAUGUAUAUGUGACGGCGGCGGUGGCACGAGGGUAGUUCCGGCCAAAGGGUAACGGAGGGUUUUGUGAUUGUACAGUGGAUUAUACGUAGUAUUAUUAUAUCAUAUCAUACUGUAAUGGUAAUUGAAUAAUCAAUUCUUCACGCGCCGAUGUUGAUUU